GCUACGUUUUUCCAGACAAUAGUUUAAAAUUCAGCGAGAUUUAGAUAUAGGACAAGAACAUGAAGAUGCCACCAGCCUGCACUCCCGUACAUCCAGGUAUUAGAAGGACCAUGUUGUGUAUUCUCCUUUUAUCAGGGAUGUGCUCAUGCCUUCAUAAUUACUACUUAAUUGAUGAACCAAAGACUUGGCUUGAAGCCAGACAGUACUGCAAAGAAAAUUACAAAGACCUGGCCACCAUAGACAACAUGGAGGAUAUGGAGCGGCUGAUCUCAGCUGCAGGCAGUGGUUAUGAAGGGAAAGUGUGGAUAGGCUUGACUGACAAACCCUUUAGCUGGGGCUGGUCUCUGUCAGAGUCUGGCUUCUACGGACAGGGAGAGAAAAACUUUAGAAAGUGGAACAAUAGCGAACCAGAUAACAUGAAAAAACAAAAAUGGUUGUGCACUGUUUUCAGUAACGGUGUCUGGAAUGAUUGUUUCUGUGAAGAUGUUUUCACCUUUGUCUGCUAUGACAAAAAUCGUCCUGGCUCAGAAUCUACUUCCAGUGGAAAAUACAUCUAUAUAAACAAAGUGUUCAAUUGGUGGGGUGCUCGGCAAUACUGCAGGAAUCAUCACACAGACCUAGCCAGUGUGAGGAACGAAACUGAGAAUAUGAGGAUCCAGGAAGUGGUACCAAGAGACAAGUUUGUUUUUAUCGGCCUGCACCGCAUUGUCUGGCAUUGGUGGUCAGAUAAAACUAAACCCAAUUUUGAAAACUGGGCAGAUGGACACCCGGUGAGUCCAACUGACACAUGUGCUACCAGUGUGAUUAAUGCUAUUCACCAUGGAAAGUGGGUGGAAAACCACUGUGACGAAAAAUUACAUUUCAUCUGCCACAACAAUAAGACACAGGUGUUAAAAGUUAAGCUGACAGCACUGAAAACCACAAUCGACCUGAAUGACCCUGCUGUGACGGAGGCUAUCUUGAAUCAGGUGGAGGAGAGUCUGAAAGAGAAGGGGAUUAAAAGAGAUUUUAAAAUUUCCUGGAUAAAGAAUAAGGACAAUAAAAUCUUCCACAAAGAAGAGGAGAAUGUAGAUGCAAUGAAGACGGACCUUUGAUAUCCUUUAACAGCUUUUGCUUUUGCUAUUUAUGCAGCACUGGGUUGAAAACAUAGAAUAGGUGUGUGUUCACUGCUAAUAUCAAGGAAAGAAGUAGGCAGAAUAUGAAGUGUUUUGUGUACACAUUAUGUGACAUAUGUGAUAGGUUGUUGGAUGUAAAUUGUAGAUCUGUGUUGGUUGUUAUUUAAUAUAAUCUGUGUUGUAAUAUUGUUUGAAUUGUGUAUGAAUUCCAUCACCUUUGUCUCUUAUUGAAGGGAACUAAAGUGGAUUUCCAUUAUUUGUUGUUAUUUAAUAUUAUCUGUGUUAGAAGUGAAUUUCCACCUUAUAUAUUGUAUAUUUUACAUGGUAUACAAAUGGUUGUUUUAGGUUAAAAUGUGGUUGACUUGUAUCUGUCAAACGUACACACACCUGUAAUCACUGAUUUGUUUUAUUUUGCAAUCAGACAUUUAGUUUAUGAGUUACUGUGCUGUGUGAAAAAUAGUAAUUAAAUAAAUAAAGUUGAAAAAGACAA